AUGCCGACAUCAUCGUCUAAGUACUACCAUCCUUAUUUCUCCCCAGCCGAAAUCCACCAUCUGUCCGAGAAGCAGCGCGGAAAGCAGACAGCUACACAGGAAGAAAAGGUCAGACAAAACGCUUGUACCUUUCUCGAAACCAUUGGAGCUCGGAUUGGAUUCCCUAGGCGCACCAUAGCCACGGCAGAAGUUUUAUACCAUCGAUUCAAUCUUUUCUUCCCAAGAAAAGAUUUCCAGUACCAUGACGUAGCCUUGGCUGCCCUCUACGUAUCAACAAAGGAAAAUGAUACUCUCAAGAAACCUCGCGAAUUACUUGCCGCUUCAUACUCAAUUCGAUAUCCCGACCGUGCUGCAAAAUCUAAAAAUCCUAAUGGAGAGAUAGACCUUGACACAAUGGACCCUGCAUUAGUAGAGGGUGAUCGACAGAAAUUAUUGGCAAUAGAGCGCUUGAUCUUGGAAACUAUUUGCUUCAACUUCACCGCACGUAUGGCUUUUCCAUAUGUAAUUAAAAUUGGAAAGGAACGUCGGGCGGAUAAAAAGUUAAUAAAACUUGCAUGGCGAAUAGCCAUCGACAGUUACAGAACACUCUUGCCUCUUUCAUACCCGCCACACACUCUGGCAAUAGGAAGCCUAUACGUUGCAGCUCUACUAUUAUCUUUUGAACAGCCUCAAGUACCGGAGUACGAUGAACAGGGAAAGUUGUCUCCAGCCGUACUUGUGCAGCAAUUUAGUACGCCGUCGACAUGGAUGGAUGUGUAUCGUGUAGAACUGGGCGACGUUGAUGAUUUUGCACAUACCAUGCUGGACCUCUUCAUACAGUUUUCUCAAAAUCCCUCUGCCAAUACCUCGCCCAGUACUCCUUCCUCUCCUUCGCCCAAUCUUCCAGGACGGGAUCGACACAACUUGCAAACACUUCAACCACAAUCGCCGUACAAGUCUGACCAAUUGAUCCGCAUGAAGAUUGCCCUUCGCGAACAUGAAGAUGCUUUACGCGGUCAUCGACGAGACCAGAGGCCGCUGAGUUCUGAUCCAAGUGCUCUAUACACCAAUGAGAAGAUUGGUCAGAAUGAUGGAACUGUUCGCUUUCUCUUCUUCCCUCCAGACAAGGGUAAUGUAGCUUGA